AUGACGGAGGUCAAGGCCGAAGCGGGGGGCAGCUCCAUCGGGGUUCCACGGACGUCCGAUCCCGGUACAGAUGUGUAUCGAGGUCGGUCCCCGGGACCAUAUGUUCCCGGGACGUCGUGGAGAACCUGGUGGAAGCUGUUCUCCAACUUCCUCGUACUGAGGAAGGUUACAGAAGAAAGGGAGCAGCGGCUAAUUUUCUUGCAGGAGGUAGGCAACUCGAACUAUGAGCGCUUCAGAAUAUGGUAUUGGAAGUGGGGUGCACAGGAGAAAGCAGCGUUUAGCCAGAUACGUGAAAAGUUAACGGCGGCGGAUACAUUAGCACAUUAUAAUCCAGAUAUUCCGGUAGUAUUAGCUACCGACGCUUCAGAAUAUGGUAUUGGUGCAGUAUUAUACCAUAGGUACGAAGAUGGUACCGAAAAAGUUAUUGCGUACGCAUCGCGCUCUUUGACGAAACAGGAGCGCAAUUACGCCCAAAUAGAAAAAGAGGCGUUGGGCAUAGUAUACGGUGUUGAGAAAUUCAAUCAGUUUCUCUAUGGUCGCCGUUUUACCCUCUUAACGGAUCAUCAGCCGUUAGUGAGGAUAUUUGGUCCCAAACAGGGGCUGCCGGUAAUAGCAGCAAAGAGGCUGCACAGAUGGGCGUUGAGGCUUAUGUUGUACUCGUUCGAAAUAGAGUAUAGGAAGACUACCGACUUUGGUAAUGCGGACGGAUUGUCGAGAUUACCUGAUCCGAGAGAGUUGCCCAGCUCUGAAAUGGUAGUAAAUGAAUUGCAUGUGCAGCAAAUGGCAGAAGAAGCGAUGGAAAAUCUGCCGGUAGUAGAGGAGGAAAUAGCUAAGGCCACGAGAGAGGACCCUCUGCUGCAGACUGUAGUUAAUUAUAUGCAGAAGGGUUGGCCAAUGAAGGUAAAAGAUGAUAAGCUGAAGCCGUACGCGGUCAAGAGGACGGCUUUGUCACUACAUAAUGGGUGCUUAUUAUGGGGAAAUAGGGUGGUUAUCCCCAAGAAGUUUCAGUCAGUAGUGUUAAAAAUGCUGCAUAAUAGCCACUAUGGGAAGAAUAGGAUGAUUAGCCUGGCACGAACCAAGAUAUGGUUCCCAGGGAUGGAUAGGGCGGUGGAGGAAAUGGCAAAGAAAUGCAGCACAUGUGCAGUGAUGGGUAGAGAUCCGGUGAAGGUACCUCUACACCCAUGGGAGGAGCCGAAAGAAGUCUGGCAAAGGCUACACAUUGAUUUUUGUGAGACAAAAGGGGGGAUAAAAUGGCUGAUCCUGGUGGAUGCUAAGUCCAAGUGGCCGGAGGUGGCCAAAAUGGGCACCACCACAGCCGAGAAAACGAUAAUGGCGCUGAAGGAGGUUUUCAGCAGGAAUGGGUUGCCGGAGCAGUUGGUUUCCGACAACGGACCCCCUUCACUUCGGCGGAAUUUCGUGAAUAUUGCUGCAACAGAGCAGCCUCCUGGCCUGCAGAUAGGGACGCCGAGCUGGGCGGGGGGAGUUCCCGUGAUGGCCACAGUGGCCGUGCAGCCGGGAGCUCCCGCCCCGCCAUCACAAGGAAGAAGAAGGCGCCGUCCACAGCGCAGUAAAGCGCUGUGGACGGCGGUGCGAAGCCUGCGGCGAGAGAUGCAGCUACAUCGGCGAUGGACGAGUAGAAGCCGUUCGAGAAGCAGGAAUCGGAAUCGACCAAGAAGAAGAAGUCGAAGUAGAAGUGAGGACGCGGCUGCUAGACGAGGACGGGCUCGCCAGCGAACCCGUACCCGUAGUAGAAGCCGUACCCGAAGUAGGGCCAGGAGGCCCGAGUCGUCGUCCCCGGUACGAGGGGACGGCGGCAACGAGGAGCUAUAG